UUCCGUGGAGACACCAGGGGGCGACAUCCACAAAAGUUAAUCUUUUUCCUCGGCGGCUUUUCCGGUUCCAUCCUUUUCCGGUGUCGACGGUGGACCACAACGUGUUCCGUCGAAAUGGCACUUUAUAAUUUCAAGAAAAUCACGGUGGUUCCCACCGCCAAGGAUUUCAUCGACAUCACCUUGUCCAAGACACAAAGAAAGACUCCCACGGUGGUCCACAAACACUAUCAGAUCCACCGCAUCCGACACUUUUACAUGCGGAAGGUGAAGUUCACGCAGCAGAACUACCACGACCGGCUCACGCAGAUCCUCACAGACUUUCCCAAACUGGACGACAUCCACCCGUUCUACGCCGAUCUGAUGAACGUCUUGUAUGACAAAGACCAUUACAAGCUUGCUCUGGGCCAGAUCAACAUCGCAAAGAACUUAAUUGACAAUGUUGCCAAAGAUUAUGUGCGUCUGAUGAAGUAUGGAGAUUCUCUGUAUCGCUGCAAGCAGCUGAAGCGGGCGGCUCUUGGGCGGAUGUGCACCAUCCUGAAGAGGCAGAAGUCCAGCCUGGAAUACCUGGAGCAAGUCCGCCAGCAUCUGUCGCGUUUGCCGACUAUCGACCCCAACACCCGGACCCUCCUGCUCUGUGGGUACCCCAACGUGGGCAAGUCCAGUUUCAUCAACAAGGUGACCAGAGCUGAUGUGGACGUGCAGCCGUACGCCUUCACCACCAAAUCUCUGUUUGUGGGUCACAUGGACUACCGUUACCUGCGCUGGCAGGUGGUGGACACUCCGGGGAUCCUGGACCACCCCCUGGAAGAGAGGAACACCAUUGAAAUGCAGGCCAUCACAGCGCUGGCUCACCUGCGAGCGGCCAUCCUGUACGUCAUGGACACAUCAGAGCAGUGCGGUCACACGCUGCAGCAGCAGCUGGAGCUCUUCAGCAGCAUCCGGCCACUCUUUGCAAACAAGCCACUCAUUGUGGUGGCCAACAAGUGCGAUGUGAAGAAGAUCUCAGAGCUGCCUGAGGAGAGCCAGAAAAUGUUUGCCGACCUCUCUUCUGAGGGAAUUCCUGUCAUAGAGACCAGCACCCUCACCGAGGAGGGGGUCAUGCAAGUCAAGAAUGAGGCCUGUGACCGUCUCCUGGCUCACCGGGUUGACAACAAGAUGAAGGGGAAGAAAGUCCACGAUGUUCUUAACCGCCUCCACCUGGCCAUGCCCACUAAGAGAGACCAGAAGGAGCGACCUCCGUUCAUCCCAGAAGGAGCUCUGCAGCGCAGAAAGGCGAUGGAGGUGGACGCGCCCAAACGCAAGCUGGAGAGGGACCUGGAGCUGGAGCUGGGAGACGACUAUGUCCUGGACCUGCAGAAAUACUGGGACCUGAUGAACUCUGAUGAGAAGAACGACAAGAUCCCAGAGGUCUGGGAGGGACACAACAUCGCCGACUACAUUGACCCAGACAUUAUGAAGAAACUGAAGCUUCUGGAAGAGGAGGAGGAGCUGAAGGAGCGCGCUGGAGAGUACGAUUCUGACGAGGAGAGCGAGGAUGAAGAGAUGCAGGAGAUCCGAGUUCUGGCCAAACAGAUCCGAGACAAGAAACAGUUGAUGGUUCUGCACUCCAAAGAGAAGGAUGUGCAUGGACCCCGCAUGCCCAGGACUGCCACCAAGGUUGAGAGAAAGAAGCUGGAGAAGGAGAUGAGUGAACUCGGUCUGGACAUGACUGACAAAGAUGAGAGUCACUACGCCACUCAGGCCCGCAGGUCUCGCAGUGUCACCAGGAAACGCAAGCGAGAAGCUUCGGCACCUCCCACUUCCAAGACACGCAGCCAGAGCGCAUCCCGUCCACCUCGCGACCAGUCCGGGCUCCGUGAUGGGAAGAUGGUGAAGAAGGCAAAGAAGAUGAUGAAGAACUCCCAGAAGGGCAUGAACCGCCAGGGCAAGAAGGGCGAGUCGGACCGCCACGUCUUCGAUCUCAAACCCAAACAUCUGCUGGCUGGCAAGAGGAAGUCAGGCUCCACCGAUCGCAGAUAAGAUCAUUGGUGUGCAGAUCACACCUGGUCUUGGUAAAUUCAGAAACUCUGUUUGGGUGGUGCUUCACCCUCGAGCUGCAGCUGCUGUAACGCUGCGGUCGUGCGUGAGGGUAUGAGUUCCGCUGACUGCUGUCGCCACGUUUCUCUGAAGAGGACGGCGGCGUUUUUCCCGGAGUCUAAUAAACACAUAUCUCA